AUGUCACGCGAUGACGAUAUUUACGGACAGCGAUCCGAUGCUCGAUCUCGGACAGUUCGCGAAAUACCGGUACAACGCACUACAUCAUCUAUUCCUUCUACAACUACAAUGGCCAUCGAUUAUCGUUCAUCCGCAGCACCAUUUAAUGAUUAUCAUCAAGAAGAGUAUUAUCGAAAAGAAAUUCGAACUAGAACUUUCGUCACACGUUCCUCCGAAGCUCUCUCUGCACCACCAUUAUCUCGUUCAUCACCGAUUAUCGUGGAACGUGAACGAUAUUCAUCCACUGAUAAUAAAUAUUAUCCGAGGGAAGAACGUACUGUUGACUAUAAUUAUAAAUAUUUAAGAAGUUUGGAGGAAGAAGAACGCCGUAUCAAAAAAAAUCAGGAAGAGCGACAACGUGAAGAGGAGGAUCGCAGAAGACGAGCUGAAGAGGAACGACGUUUAUGGGAAAUGAAGGAACGUGAAUAUUUAGAGAGGAAACGACGUGAACGAGAGAUAAAACAUCGAGAAUUGGAAAGUGAGCGUUUGGAACGUGAACGAUUGGAGAAGCAACGAUUAGAUAAAGAGCGAGCAGCACGUGAAAAUGCUGAAAUACAGCGUAGAGAGGAAUGGGAACGAAUUGAAAGAGCCCGAAGGGAGCACGAAGAACACGAAUUGCAGAGGUGGCGAGAGAUAGAAAAAAGACGACUGGAACAGGAACGACUUGAGGAGGAGCGACGUGAGCGUGAACGGUUGGAUCGUGAGCGUGCAGAGCGCGAACGUGAACGAUUAAUACGUGAGCAAGCGGAAAAAGAACGCUUGGAUCGUGAACGUUUGGAACGUGAAAGGAUUGAAACUGAACGAUUGGAAAUUGAACGAAUCGAACGAAUCAAACGUGAACGUCAGGAACGAGAACGACAGAAACGAGAAAGAGAAAAAGAAGAGCUAGAACGACUUGAGAAAGAACGUCAGGAACAGGAACGUAUUGCUCGUGAAAAACAGGAACUUCUGAGAGUGGAAGAAGAACUAUUGGAGAUGCAAAGGCGAGAAGCGAGAAUGCGUGAAGCGGAACGAAUUGAAGAAGAAAAUCGUGAAGCUCGUCGUAGAGAACAGGAAAGAAGGGAAGCUGAACUCAUAGCUGAGAUGCAGCGGAAAGCGGAAGAACGAGAAGUGCAACGACGACUUAGUGAGCGCCUGGAAAAAGAACGUUUAGAGAAUUUACGUCGUGAGCAGGAACGAUUGGCUAUGGAGAAGCAAGAAGCGGAAAUAAAAGAACUUCAGCGUCAGGAAGAGGAGAGACGUGAGAAGGAACUAUUUGAAGCGCAGAAACUUGCGGCGGAAAAACGUGAACGUGAGAGGCGGGAAGAUGAGGAGCGAGAGAGGCAAAGGCAGGAGGAGGAACGAAUUGAGGCUGAGAAACGUGAACGUGAAAGGCAAGAAGCGAUGCAGCGAGAACAUGAACGUCAAUUAGAAGAAAGGUUGGAACGAGAGAAAUUAGCAGCUCUCAGAAAUGCUGCGCAAGAAAGACAGGCAGCGCGACUAGCUGACUUACAACGAGAUGAACAAAGGCAAGCCUUGGAACGUGAAGCUAAUGAAUUAAAAGAACGUGAACAACAGGAGGCGGAGAGGAGGGAACGUGAACGGCUGGAAGAGGAUCGCCGCUUAAAAGAGUUACUUGAGCAGGAAAAACGUAACGCAGAAUUGCGUGAAAAAGAACGUCAGGAAGCGUUUGAACGUGAGGCCCAACGUCGUCUUGAAGAUCGUCGAAGUCGUGAUAAGCUUGAUCAGAUAGCACGUGAAAUAGAGGAAAAAGAGAAGAUGGAAAUGGAAAAGCGACGUUUAUUAGCACAGAUAACAAGUCGUGAUCGCCGCAAAGACAUACUAACAUCUCGGGAAACAUUAGAAAAAUUAACAAAACCACCUUAUUAUUCACGAGAAAAUUUGGCAGCAAUUCCAUAUGGUUCUCGAGAAAAUUUAAAUAUCGGCGGAAGUGAAGUAACGACGAAGGUGGAGCGACAAAUAAUCGAGCGUAUUGAUCGUACCGUCUGGUCCGACGAUCCUAGGUACACACAAAAUGGUAUGUCAAAUGGUUCCGAUUCAAGUAUAUUGGCACGUGAACGUUUGUAUAAUCGGCGCUCCACCGACGAUGAUGAUUUCAGUCGAUCAUCAAGUCGUCGUACAAGUCGAUAUCGAUCAAAGUUGGAGAAGGCAAGAAAAGAAUUCCUUUCCAGUGAUGCUAACAACACAACUGAUGCAGUAAGCGAACGUUUUCGUCAAACAUCAGAUGAUAUAUUGCGAUCGCGACCGGUACAUCACGGACAGCCGUCUCAAAAAUUUCAAAAGAAUGAAUUUAAUUCGAAACAUGAACCAAAUCAAUUGCCAUAUAUUAGUACUGGUCCCAGUCCAUAUGAUCAGGAAUAUAAUCGCUUAUAUGAACGAGUCGAGCGCUACUGGAUGCCCUACAAACAGCGCCUCUCGCAACCAAAUCUGUACAGUCGAACCCGAGGUUACUCGACAUCAUACCUGGAAACAAACCUGGACACUGGAAUUGGUGAUAUUGUUUCAGCGCAACGACAGGUUGAGGAAACUAAUUUGGAUGACGUGCAUCGUUCUGGUUCAGUGAUGGAUUAUAAUCGAUUUAGUCGACGUGAUGCACCACAGAAUAUCAUAACACACGUGCGUUCGAAAAGCGCCGAUUAUUUGAUGGAUCGAAAAAUGCGUGAAGAAUCGGCACCGCCAGAAAAUGAACUCCAAAAAUUCAACGAAAAAACUCCAAAUGUUUCGGAACAUGAGUUGCGAUUUCGAAAAUCCACAGAAAAACUACACGUACCAGAUUGGUAUCGUGAACGAUAUGUAGGACGUAGUAGCGGUCAUGAGAGAAAGAUAAUAUCCGGUGGUACUUCCUUCGAUUCUUCACCACCACUAUCGUACAACGGUAUCCGUCCAACAACUCAAUACGAAACAUCUGAAACUCGAUAUACUACACCUUUCUCCUAUGAAAAAGGUCAAUACAGUGCUUCACCUCAGAUAAUUCCAUUCUCGGGAUCAUCAUUAACAAGUGAUGCUGCUGUUGUGAUACCGUACGGUAUGUUUGAUAAAUAUAAGGAUGAAAUUGAAGAAAUGCGCAGAAGUCGGACAUCAUUACAUCAAAUUGAUAGCAACAACGAUAAACGAAAGGUAUCAAUGAAUUAUGAAAAGGUAUCAUCAGAAGGAUUUACUUCCAUUAAGCAAUUACCCGGUUACACAGUAACUACAAUACCUUUUAAUUGGAACAUACCAGGUGAUCGGCAUUCUCGAGUGGUAGAAGUAGCAGAUACAUUUAUUGGCUCAAACAGAGCUUCUUCAUCACAUAAUGAUACAUACUUACAACGCUUCUAUGGACGGAUCACAAUCGAAGAAGUGUUGGAUUCCAUCUUUCAACGCACAAAGCCAUCAUCAUCAUCACUAUCGUCAUCAUCAAAGCAUGAAAUAAGUCAUUCGGAAAGUGGAAUUACUGAUGAUGGACAAAUGCAAAAAUCUGGAAUCUAUGUGAAAAAUAAUGAAUUGAUGCAACAGCUAAUGCGCGAUCCACAUGAAGCUGAAGCUCUUCUUCAGAAUGAACGAUUGUAUGUUCGAUGCGCACGAUGUCAUCAGACGAGAGAAUUGGCGGAAGCUCGAAUGCAAUACAUAUCAUGCAAGCAUUGCUACAUAUAUUACUGUAGUCGUCAAUGUCGUGAACAUGACUGGUCAAAACAUCGUGAAGUGUGUUCUUUUUCAAGGAUUAAUACUCUAUGCAAAGAAGUUAUCAUGAAAGUACGGAAAGAUCCGGAAGCUCAAUUUUACAUGUCAAAGAUAGCACGUGAUGGUUAUUCAGCACUUGGUCGUGGUUGUGUUAAUUUAAGAAUAAAUUCAGCUCAUACCGCACAAAAUUAUAUUAUCGAUGGUUGGAAAGCACUUGCAAAUUUUCAGCUCAACAAAUUACUCCAUUACUACACCAUUGCAGCAUUAAUUGCUGAACGAAAAGAGCCAUCAUUAAUUACUUUAUGUCGCCAAUAUGAUCCAACUGAUAAAUUCAUUCUCAGUGUCAGUAUUAUUGCUGAUAUUGAGCAGUGUCCUCAGACGCCACCGCCUGAACCAGUGGUCAUCCGACAAACCUUACCGUUAUCACAAUAUGUCCAGCAGUCAUCUCAAUCUGAACAAGAAAGUGCUGAUUUUAUACAAUCUGAUGAGUUUCGCUCCGCGGUUCCAACUGAGGUUUAG